AUGAUUCUUCUUAUCCAGAUUGGAAAAAGUGAAGGUUUUUUGGGGAAAAGAAGUCGUAGCUGUGGUUGUCCCGAUACUGAAAAAUGCAAUCGGAAUUGUGUCAGCAGAUUUGGUGGUCUUGGUGGUCGUUGUGCAGGUCUAUUGAAUCUGGCCUGUGAAUGUUUUAUUGAUGAUCAUUGGGAACCAAAGGCCAAUCGAUGUGGAUAA